AUGGCAGCUUUAAACUUCACCUUCUCUGACCCUUCAGCAUUCAUCCUAACGGGUAUCCCUGGCCUGGAAGCUGCCCACUUAUGGAUUUCCAUCCCAUUCUCUCUGUGCUACAUUAUCAGCUUCUUAGGAAAUGUCAUGCUUCUCUUUCUUGUCGCCAAAGAGCAGAGCUUGCACAAGCCGAUGUACCUGCUGCUCUGCAUGCUGGCGCUCACAGACAUCGUCACAUCUUCCUCUGUCAUGCCUAAGGCCCUCUGUAUAUUUUGGUUCAAUUUGAAAGAUAUUACUCUGGUGGGCUGCCUCACCCAGAUGUUCUUCCUUCAUUCAGUUUCAGUGAUGCAGUCAGCUGUGCUUGUGGCAAUGGCCUUCGAUCACUACGUGGCCAUAUGUAACCCUCUGAGAUAUUUCACCAUCCUCAGCAAUACACGAAUAGCUAUACUAGGGCUGGUCUGUUUGGUAAGAGGUGUUCUCUUCAUUCUGCCUCUGCCCGUGAUCCUGAGCAGGCUUCCCUUCUGUGACAACCACAUUAUCCCCCACACGUACUGUGAGAACAUAGCUGUGGUGAACCUGUCUUGUGGGGACACCACAGUCAACAGGAUGCACAGCUUGGUGAUAAUGAUUUUGAUCACAGGUUUAGACCUGAGUCUCAUUGCCCUGUCCUACAGUCUGAUCAUCAGGGCUAUCCUCAGAAUCUCCUCCAGGGAAGCCCACCAGAAAGCCCGCAACACCUGCACUGCCCACCUCUGCGCCUUGUUGUUAUAUUGUACCCCCAACUUGAUCUCCAACUUGUCACGGCGGUUUAGUCAGGGCAUUGCUCCCCACAUUAACAUCAUAUUAUCCAACCUUUAUCUCCUCAUCCCACCAAUGCUCAACCCCAUUAUUUAUGGAUUCCAUACCAAAGAGCUCUGUGAGUGGGUGGUCAAAUAUAUCUGCCGAAGCUGA